AUGGCGUACCCAGGUGGUUUCGCUGGCAUGCCUGGCCAACAGCAGGAUACCGGCAUGUCUGAACAAGAUCAGAGAAUGGUGAAGAUGGUCACAUCAGGAAUGGAAUCAUGUCUGGUCAAGUCCAUCAUGGCAGGAGGCGCAGGUUUUGCCCUAGGUGGUGUGUUUGGCCUCUUCAUGGCAUCUAUGAACUACGAUACCCCCCUUACUCCUCAAGGCGCCGAACUCACCAAACUCCCUAUGCGCGAACAAUUACGUCGAGGUUUCAAAGACAUGGGCACCAGGUCAUGGUCAUCUGCAAAGAAUUUUGGCAAGAUCGGUUUCCUGUACAGUAUUUGCGAAUGCACGGUUGAAGGCUUCAGGGCCAAGAAUGACCUAUACAACAGUGCUGCGGGCGGUCUAGCUGCAGGUGCUAUCCUAGCAAGAAACGCCGGGCCUCAGGCUAUGCUGCUUGGUGGCGCUGGAUUUGCUGCUUUCUCAACCGGAAUCGACUACUAUAUGCGACUUCCAGAAUCAGAUUAA